GCACAAGGAGCUGAGGGCGGUGCAGCCAGAACUGGGACUGUCCAGGCGCGUCGGGCUCGGUUUCAGUAUUCCGCCCCAGCGCUAUACCCUUGCUAUGGCAGCCCCGUCGCACCUGCAGGGUCUACUCCUGGCCGUCAACACACUGCUGCGCAAGCGCCGCUACCACGCAGCGUUGGCAGUGCUGAAAGGCUUCCGGAACGGGGCAGUCUAUGGAGUCAAAAUCCGGGCCCCUCAUGCACUGGUCAUGACCUUUCUCUUCCGGAGUGGCAGCCUCCGUGAGAAGCUUCGGGCCAUCCUGCAAGCCACGUACACCCAUUCUUCUACCCUGGCCUGCUUCGUGUUCACCUAUAAGGGGCUCUGUGCCCUGCAGUCCCAUGUGCAGGGCAAGACCUACCAGGUGCACUCAUUCCUGGCUGCCUUCUUUGGGGGCUUGCUGAUGUUUGGAGAUAACAAUAGUAUCAACAGCCAGAUCAACAUGUACCUGUUGUCACGCGUCCUAUUUGCCCUGUGCCGCCUGGGAGUGAAGAAGGGCUACAUUCCUGAACCUAAGUGGGACCCAUUCCCACUGUUCACGGCAGUAGUGUGGGGGCUGGUGCUGUGGCUCUUCGAGUACCACCGGCCCACACUGCAGCCCUCGCUGCAGUCCUCCAUGACUUACUUGUAUGAGGACAGCAAUGUGUGGCACGACAUCUCAGAUUUCCUCAUCUACAACAAGAGACGUCCCUCGAAGUAACGCAGCCCUGAAGUGCUUAUGAGGGCUUCUGCUGGAGUAGGCUCUAGGUGGUGUCCAUGAGUGAAAUCUCCCAGAGGAUCCUGCUUUCUCAAGAUCACGGCUCUCAGACUCUUAACUUCUGUUAUCCCCGGGGUUCCAUUGUCCAAAGCAAAAGCACCAGUUUUCAAAUCCUGUUAGGUAUUCUUGAGUGGCGGAACAAGUGGCUGCAUCAGGCUGAGGAGCCUUGGGCAUGGUUCCAGCUGUGCUGCUAACCUCUGUGAGGCGCCCCCACCUAGGCCUCAGGGGCUGUGAAGCUCAGAGGAGGGCCCUGAAAUCUCUUCCUGGUGGGUAUGUUCUUUGGCUGUUGUUAUGCUGGUGGGAGUGGGGUUGGCAGAUAUGUUUUUACAAAAUACGAAGUUUUUUCUCUCAGGUGUUGUAUUGGAGAAGCUCUAGAGUGCCGCUGUCCAAAAGAAAUGCAGCAACAGUCCUAUAUGUAAUUGAAAAGUUCCUAGUAGCCACAUUUUUAAAAAGUGGAAAGAAGCAGAUGAGAUUAACCUUAAUUAUAUUUUAGCCCAAAUUUCUAAAAUAUCAUCAUUUCACCAUAAAUUAAUAUGAAAAUUAAUGAGAUCUUUUCAGUUCUUUUUUUUUUUUCUUAUACUAAGUCAUCCAAAUGAGGUGUGUGUUUUAUACUCGCAGCACAUAUCUGUUUGGACCAGUCCCAUUCGAGGUGCUCAGUGAGUAGCCACAUGUGGCCAGUGGCGACCGUAUUGGACUGCACAGAUAUAGAACACACCUAUUAUCACAGAAAAUUCUAGUGGACAGCGCGGAUCUAGAGCUGGAGGACAUGGUUUUGAGUCCCCACUUCACCACUGUGUGAGUUUGAGGAAGUUUCUUAAAGCCUCAGAGGUUCACAGCCUCCGUUUCUUGUAAAAUGAGGAUAAUUGCAAUAGUGCCCCACGUCCACGUUGGGCUUGCGUAACCAUGGCUGCUGUUUCCACUACUAACCACUUCCAUUUAGUGGACUCCUACUUCUUUCUGGGUGCUUUGCACAUAUUAUUUUUAAUCUAUACAAUGACCUUGCAGAUCUGUAUUUUGAUUUUCAUUCCACAGAUGUGGAAACUGAGAAUCAGAGAAGGGAAAUAACUUGCCCGAGGUAUACGGCUCGUGUGGUCGCCCAAUCAGGGUUUGAACCCAGAUCUAUCCGAUUGCUGAGCCUAUGUGUUUUUCAGUGCCUUACUUUAAAGAUUUUAUUUAUUUACUUUUUUAGAGAGAGGGGAAGGGAGGGAAAAAGAAAGGGCUAGAAACAUGAGGGUGUGAGAGAUGGAUUGAUCAGUUGCCUCUCCCACACCCCCAACCAGAGACUGACCACGCAUGUGCCCUAACUAGGAAUCGAACUGACGACCUUUUGAUUCACAGGCCGGUGCUCAAUCCACUGAACCUCAGUGCCUUACUUUAAAUUUAGAAACCUAAGCUAAGCUAUGCAAAUGUUAGCUAAUUACAGGGCCUGUUCCAGAGUGGGGUACAAACUCAAAUGCCUAAAGGGGUCUGGCAGUGACAUAAAUGAUUAUGUUCUGGGUGCUUUGCAGUAGGGACUGAUGGGGACUCAGUGAACUGGAGACUUAUGUGCCAGUCUGUUUUUUUACAAACAAACCGGACAAGUCAAUCAGGUCUCCAGGAAAUUUUGGUCUAUGACUCGCUAAUUGGCAUCCCUUGGCCUAAUGGGAAUACUUCAGUCUCUCUUUUUUAUUAUUUUAGCAGUUACUAGUAGAAGCAUGCACAUGAGUCACUGGAGAGCUCAUUAAAAUGCAGAAUCUGAUUCAGUGGGUUUGGGGUGGGGCCUGAAAUAUUCUGCAGGCCUCACAGACUCCCAGGUGCUGCUGCUGGUCUGAGCCACACUUUGAGUAACAAGAUAGCAGGGGAUGAUAUGGGGCCAACCAUUAUCCCAUGUCACAAAUGAGGGGACUAAAUUAAACACAGCUGUCAGGUAACAGAGGAGAGAUUAGGUCUUAUUCUAGCAGUUGUGUUCUCAGCCACAAUGUUGUACAGCAAACUUGGAGAAAGGGAUCUUGAAGCUUCCUUAGUUCACUCUGUGGAGGCUGAAUGAGAUCCCAAAAUUAUGGGGAGGAAAGGGACUGGCUAUCAGCAAGCAGGUUUUAUAACAGAUGCUGGGGGUGCCCUGCCCAUAUUGCCUCUAGCUUAUGACUUCAGUGCACAUCAGCCAAAUUUUACAAGUGCCACCCCUCGUUUUUCUGCCCAAGGGCUCUCACUUGCUACUGGCACCUGCUUUGCCACCCUGCAGUGCUGAAGGAUUAACACAUCCAAGAGUAGCUCUUAACCAAUGACUGAUGAUGAAUAUGCUCCUGUAUCCCUAGCCCAGUAGGCAUGUUUCCCUCUGGCUCCCAGGGCCCAGCAGGACUGAGCUUCUGGUUGUCCACAGUGGUCACUUGCUUGGUAACACCCCCAUCUUUGUCUCCCUUUCUCAUUCCCCUACCAGUGCUUCCUGGGACUACUUCCCAUAUAAACCACAUGUACUCAAAUCCUUGUCUUGGGGUCUGCUAUUGGGGGAACCCAAACUAAAAUGGGCCUCUGGUGUAGCAAGUUGAGAGAUAAUAUAAUAUAACAUGAUGGCUGGGGAUGUAGGCUUUGUAGCCAGUGUCUUGCCUCAGCUCUGGUUUUGGUGUUUCCUAGAGCAAAUGACUUAACCAUUCUGUGCCUGUGUUUCAUCCUGUGUAAGGUAGACAUUCUAUAGGGUGAUCUGGAGAAUUAAAUGCUAUGACACACUUAAAGUGAGCACUCAGUUAAUGUUUGCUGUUAUUUCUAAUGGCAUCCAAACGUAGAGGGAAGUGUGGUCCUGAGAACUGAGUAUACCCAGCUUUUAGCCUGUCCUAACCUCCAGCUGAAGGUAAAGCCUUGGCUGCCUGCCACAUCCCCCCACUGCCACUGGGAGCUGGCUGGCUGCACCACUGACUGUCUCUGCUCUCUAAGAAUAGGUUUCCCUCACAGAUGGCAUCUCUCUGGAUCCUGCCAGAGCAUCUGGUGCCUCCAACUGCUCACUCCAGGGAUGAAGGCAGUGUGGUCCUUGCAGAGGGGCAGAGUGCUGGCUUCCAGCAGACCUGAGAGGAGUCCUCACUCGGCUCCCUCCUACCUGAGCCUCCAUUUCCUAAGAUCAGUAAAAGUCAUUGCCAAAGGGCCCUGGGCACACAGUAGGCAGUCCAUGAAUACUAGUUCCUUAAAUAGCACCAUGGUUUAACAUGUUUGUUUAUUAAGCACAUUCCUACAGAGCCUUCUGACAUGCAAGACUAUAAACAAUAAUAUUGUAAUUAAUAAUAUAUGUGCAUAGUACAAAACCUAAAUGGUACAAAAAGUGUGUAACAGAAAAGUCAGGUUCCCUCCUAUGCCCAAGUCCCACACUCACUGUUAGCACUUUCUAACACAGCCUUGCAGAGAUAUUCUAUGCACAGCCACCUGACUAUCUUUGUCUCAUAAGAACCUUUUACGUUACACUGUCGUCUCAACAAGUCUGGCAUUCCUCCCUGACCUCUGAAUGUUUAGUUGCUCUGUGAUUAAUAAUCUGAUAUGUAAAUGAGUCCAUUCUUUGAGCGGGUUCCCUUCAACUCCACCUCCCUCCAACUUCCCUCCCCCUAGUACCUUGGGCAGAUUCUUACUGUGAUGAGCAUGAAGAUGAACCACCAUAGAUACUCUGAGUCUUAUCAUAGAUGACACCCAACACUCAGGCCCAUGGAACUCCAAGUGAAAGGGGGAGGACAAAAACCAAAGUUAAUUUGGGGCCCUUCUGUUGCUCUGCUCCUAAAUUAGAGAUCGUUCAAUGAAUCCAUGUGAGAGCUGUGAUUCACAGGCUGAGAUGCCAAGAAACUGCCUCAUGAUGCUCACGGCUCCUGCCUUCCACAGGCUCUAGAAAGGAUCUUGGAGAUGGUGUUUCUUUCUAUAUUGUUCACUUCUCCCACUCCCAUGAGUGCAUUUUGAGUUUAUACAAGUCAGGCUUUAAACCUAAACCAGAACGUUGCUCUGUGCUCCACCUCCUGAAAUGAACUCCCCAUAUGCACCACCUGUGACUUCAGAUAAAUUACUUUCUUCAGCGGAUUAGAGAGGAUUUAUAAAAAGAAAUGUCAUUUCCCCCCUCCCUGUGUCUAGUUCCAGAUUCAUAGGGGGAGAGUGUGUCUUUCUUCAGCCUUGAAGAGCAUUUUGGGAGAGAAGUUUAAUUUUAACCAGAGGGUCUUCUGCAGGACUCACUUUAAAAAAAAAAACAAUGUGCUGAGUGCCCUGGCUGGUGUAGCUCAGUGGAUUGAGCGUGGGCCUGCGAACCAAAAGAUCGUGGUUCGAUUCCCAGUCAGGGCACAUGCCUGGGUUGCAGGCCAGUUCCCAGCAGGGGAAGCACGAGAAGCAACCAUACAUUGCUAUUUCUCUCCCUCUCUCCUUCCCUUCCCUUCUAAAGAUAAAUAAGCAAAAUUUAAAUAAAUAAAAUAAUGUGCUGACUUUCUGAAUACAUUUAAAAGGAUAAAUAGCCCUUUCAAUGCAGAGGAAAAGGAGAGACACUGUCUAGCACUAGGACUCACUUUGUGAGCUGGAGACCGCAGGGCCCCAGGCGGAGGACAGAGGGAAAGUUGGGUGCUCUUCUGAGUGUUGUUUUAGAGAGGGCUUUUAAACAGCGCCCCAUUGUUUGCACCAGGUCUCUGCACAAGGCCGCUGCAGGUGUCCUAAUCUUACAAAUAAGGCAGGAAAUGUAGGCCACGGGGUCUCUGUUGGAAACCUUGUUCUCACUGCUCUUCCAGGCUUCUCUCUUGAGCCUGUCUUUGUGGGCUGGAUGUCAGCUGACAGAAGGGCCAGGGACACACCACAUCAGCUCUUUUGAGAUACUUCUUUUUAGGGUUUUGUUUUUUUUUUUUUUAUUAUAUGCGUCAUGAACCCAUUUGGCAUCUGGUGAAACCUGUGGACCCUUCUCAGAAUGCUGGUUUGUUUGUUUGUUUUUAAUAUGUAGAAGUCUUUUUUUUUUUUAAGUCAUAUCCAACUUAUUUUCUAAGGUUUAUUUUAUUUUAUUUUUUGGAGAGGAGAAGGGUGGGAGAAAGAGAGGGUGACAAACAUCAGUGUGUGGUUGCCUCUCAUGUGCCCCAGAGUGGGGACUUGGUCCACAACCCAGAUAUGUGCCCUGACUGGGAAUCCAACCCGUGACCCUUUGGUUUGCAGGCCGAUGCUCAAUCCACUGAGCCACACCAGCCAGGGCAGAAUGCUGUUUUUAAAACUCAUAAAACAAAAUACAUAGGAUUAAAAAAGUCAACAGUUAAGCCCUGGCUGGUGUAACUCAGUGGAUUGAGUGCGGGCCUGCAAACCAAACAACCACGGUUUGAUUCCCAGUCAGGGCACAUACCUGGGUUGCAGGCCAGGUCCCAGCAGAGGACGCAUGAGAGGCAACCAUACAUUGAUAUUUCUCUCCCUCUCUCCUUCCCGUCUCCUCUAAAGAUAAAUAAGUAAAAGUCUUUAAAAUAAAAAAGACAACAGUUACAUUGAAUAUUGAAACAAUGAUCAAUGUGUUUUUAAAAUUUUUGAUUUAGUAGCAUACGUUCUUUUUUUUUAAACAUUAAAUAGCAUGAUCCAAAACCACCACGAUUUCACAGGUGCUGUAAACAUAAGCAGUAUCUCAAGAUACUGUAGCAACUGUGGCAGGAUAUGGAAAUCACUAUGAUUUCUAUCAGUGAUGAAGACCCAGCUACUGCUAACAGGCCUCUGGUUUGUUGCUGACACUUAGAAUUGAUGGAAAUGUUAUAUGUCAAUGAGAGGCUAGUGAAAAUGUAGGUGGAAUUUUUUUUUCCUGUCCAAGUUCAUGGCACUUGGGGUCAUAGAUUGCAGAUUUAGAAUUCUUGCUUGAGAGUGACCUCCCCAGCCUGACCACAUGGCAGCUGUCAUGGUUUACCAAGCCCUGAGCACAGAAAGAUGAAAGUAGCAGCUAAUGUUGGCUGGUCCCUUACUAAGUUCUCAGUGAUAUUGGAGGCUAGGAUUCAGCAGUGAAAGAAGCCAGUUGCUGCCCACCUGGGGCUUACAGUCUAGGGAGGGAAGACUGAUGAAUGAAUACAUAAGGAAGAUGAUUCCAAAGUGGUAGGCAUGCCCUGGUUGGUGUGGCUCAGUUGUUUGGAAUUGGUUGCAGAGUCAUCCUGUAAACCAGAAGGUCAUGGGUUCCAUUCCCAGUGGGGCAUAGACCUAGGUCGCAGGUUCAGUCCCCAGUCAGGGUGUGUAUGGAAGGCAACCCAAUCAAUGUUCCUGUCUCACAGCAAUGUAUUUCUCCCCUCCCUCCCUUCCCCUCUCUCUAAAAAUCAAUAGGCAUGUCCUUGGAUGAGGAUAAGAAAUAGUAACAAAGUGGUAGGCGAUAUGAGGUCCAUAGUACAGGGCAGUGUAAUAGAAUGCAUUGGAAGAGAGAACAAGAGGGUCUGUUUUCCUGGGAAGGCUUCUCUGAGGAGAUGACGUCUGUUCUGAGACCUGAAUGAUGAGAGAGUGGUGCAAAGAUGUGGAGGAAGGGUGUUCCCAGUUGUGUUCGGUCCUUUAGCUGUAAGCAUCUUUGCCACAAACAUAAACAUUUUUGUUGCAUAAAUAAUUGACCAUAAGGCUAUUUUGCCUUAUAAAAGAUAAAAUAACUGGCUGACAGUUUGAUUUGGUUGUUGGUUGGUUUGGUUUCAUUUUUCAUUGGUUUCAGACAAUGUAUUUAAGCUAGUUACCAGUUUGGUUUCAUUUCUCCAUUGAUAAAGUUCUUGCAGUUAUUCCCAAGGGAGAUAUGUUUUAAGACCUCCAGUGCAUUCCUGGAACUGAGGAUACUUCUGAACCAUGUGUGUACACACACACACAUACACGAGGUCUGUCUGGGAAAAGUCUAGCCAUUAUUAAUAUACCUAGGAUGGUUUGUGAGACAUUGAUGUAACCUGGCAGCCAAGGGGAGUGGACUGAAAUGUGCAUACAUGAACAAUGAGGACUUUGCUGUACUAGUCAGUGGGGACGGUAGAUGCUGUUGAGUGAGCAUGUGUACAGUGUGGCUAUUGCAUUUAAAAGGACUGAGUGAGUAGAGCAAUGAAUCUGCAUCAGAUUUUGCAUUAAGCUGGAACAUUCCUUUGUGGAAACUAUUCGAAUGAUUCAGAAGGCUUUGGGGGACGGUUCAAUGAAUGCAGUGCAUAUAAAAGUGUGGCACAAAUACUUCAAAGAUGGUCGAGAAUCUGUCAAAAGUAAUCCACAUUCUGGAAGGCCUGAAACAGGCAGAACACCUGAGAAUCUUGAACUUGUAUGGGCUGCAAUCAACAAAGAUCUGCAACUGAUAGUGUGAGAACUAGAACCUGAUCUGGGGAUUCCAAAACUAUGGUGUCCGAGGUUUUGAUGCAGGAUCUGGGCAUGAAACAUGUCAUGGCAAAAUUUGUUGCAAGGCUUCUACUACCAGAGCAGAAGGAAUAUUGUGCCAUAGUUGCUAAUGAUUUGAUUCAAACUGCUACCAGUGAAUCGGAUUUCCUCAAGAAGGUCAUAACCAGAGAUGAAUCAUGGGUCUAUGGCUAUGAUCCAGAAACAAAGGCCUGGUUGUUCUAAUGGAAGUCGCCUGGUUCUCCACGCCUGAAGAAGGCGCAGCAAAGUUGCAGCAAGAUCAAGACCAUGUUGACCGUGAUUUUUGAUUGGGAAGCUGUUGUUCGUCACCAGUAUGCACCCCCUGGGCCAAACAAUUAAUAAGGAGUACCACCUCAACGGUCUUCAUCAGUUGAAAGAUGCAAUACAAUGAAAACAGCCACAGUUAAGGACAGCUGGUAAUAAGCAGCUUCAUCAUGAUAACGUGUCCGUCCACUCAUGCAUCAUGUCUUAUGCAGUUUUUUGGUGAAACAUCAAUUCAUCCAGGUGACUUAGCCCCCUUACAUCCCAGAUUUGGUGCCUUACAACUUCUGGCUUUCCCCAAAACUAAAAUCACCUUUGAAAGGGAAGAGAUUUCAGACCAUUGAUGAGAUUCAGGAAAAUACAACAGGGCAGCUGAUUGUGAUUCCAACAAAGGAUUUUGCAAAGUGGUUUGACAGUGGAAGAGACGCUGAGAAAACUGCGUGAGAUCCCAAGGUGCCUACUUUGAAGGGGACUGAGGUGUUAUUGUCCUGUGUACAAUAUUUCUUGUAUCUUCUUCAGUAAAUGUCUCUAUUUUUUAUAAUACGUGGCUGUAUACUUUCUGGGCAGAUCUCUUAUGCGUGUGUAUAUAAUGUCUUUCCCUAUACAUACAUGUCUAUGAUAAAGUUUAUAAAUUGCACACAGUAAGAGAUUAACAAUAAUUUAUAGAAAAAUUACACUGUAAUAAAAGCUAUCUGAAUAUGGUUCUCUCCUAUAAUUUUUAUAUUUUUUAUUUUAAAUCUGUUCCAGAAUCUGUGUAACCAUCCCUUACAGUAAGUGGCUUGGUGUCGCUCAUUUCAGGAAAUCCCUCUGAAGUCUGUGCAGGCUUAAAUGCUUUCUGGCGCAACACAUCAUCAUCCGUUGGAACACGUUUUCUCUUCAUGUCCUCCACCCACAAAUUUAACAUCUUUUACAACUCAACCAAGCACUUAUGCACUGUGGCCAUAACUUUUGCAGUUUGAGGUGCAACAGCAAAACUAGAACACGUUUCUUGUUUUUUCUUCACAACUUCUGGAUAAAAGAUUUAUUCUUACCAUAGAUCUUGGCAACUUCAGCAUACAAUUUUUUUUCUUUCCUUACUAAGUUGAGAACUUUCCCCUAAAGGAAGCACUUUAUGGCUUCUUUUUGGCAUGUCCAAAUUGCCAGAAUCACGACUCUUGCGCUUUGGGGCCAUUAUUAAGUAAAAUAAGGGUUACUUGAUCACGAGCACUGUGAUACUGUCACAGUCUCUGACAAUUGAGAUGGCUGCGAAGUGACUGACGGGCAGGAGUGUCUACAGCCUGGAGACACUGGACAAGAGAUGACUGACAUAUGAGUGGGACAGCAGGACGGCAUGAGAUUUUAUUCACUACUCAGAACGCGCAUACAACUUAAAAUGUAUGAGUUGUUUAUUUCUGGAAUUUUCUAUUUAAUACUUUGGACCACAGUGGACCACAGGUAACUGAAGCUGUGGAAAGCAAAACUGUGGGUAAGGAGGAUGACUAUAUAUACAGGGUCCGGCAGAAGUAACGCCAUCGAGUGUGGUUGGUGGGGUAUGUGAAUGUCUCACACGAGAUGGACAGCAAUUUGAACAUUUCACCUAAAAUGUCGUGUGGUGUAUUUGAGUGUGAUAUGUUACAGAAUGUUACAUAACACAUGUUACAGAAUUACAUGCUUAGGAUUUUGUAAUAAAAGACUUUUAUGUAAUAAAAAGGGGGCAUGUUUGUGUCAGACCCUGUAUGUUUUACCUAGAGCUCUCAUAAUACAGUGACAAGUAGACUUGGUGGUGGUCUUAAAAGACCUGCCAUUUCUUCCAGAUGACGAUGAUUUGCCCCAUGAGUUGGUUUCUUAUUUUGAAAGACACUACACUGGAGGGAGAAAGAGAAGCCACGGGCCCUGUUUGAGGCAGUGGAAUUGAAUCCACAUGUCCCAUGGAAUGAAGACAAGUGCUUAGGUACAAUCUGGGAAAUAGAAUCAGUUAUUUUCGUAGUAUUGUGGUGAAUCUACACACAUUUUUAAUUUUGUUACUCAUUUUUUCAUGUUUAUGAUGUCCUUUGAAAAAAUAUUUUUAUUCUCAUUAUAUCCUUUUUAAUGUCCCUCUAUUUGUUGUGAUUUUAUCUUUUUUUAUGGCAAAAUUGCAUUAUGGUUCAUGAGUUCUACAACAAAAAUGUUUGCUGCAGAAAUGCAUGCCACAAAUAUGCAACAGCGAAAGCACCUAUAAUUGUUUACAGUACAGAAUCUGCAAAGUGCAUGAGCCUGGAGGAGGGGGAGAGCUGAAAGCAUAUAGGGCCUGGCAGGAGACCCGCGGGCUGGGGCAGAGUGCACUGGGGGGCAUGUUGGAGCUUUGGAGAUGGAGUCCUGGAGGCUAGUGGGCUUGUCAGGCAGGCUUUGUGAGCCAGAGAAGCAGUUUGGGUUUUCUUCUAAGUAUGCUGGGCAGCCUUUGGCAGGUUUAAGCAGGGGAGUGAUGUGAUAUGAUUUACAUUUUAGAAAGACCCUUCUGACUACUCGAGUGUAGGAGCCAGGCUGGAAACAAGUCCCUACUGAGGAAGCCACAGAGUGGUCCAGGUGAGAGACCAUGAUGGCCUGGACCGCACUGGGGCCCUGAGAUGGAGAAAAGUGGGCAGAUGUCGGGUAUAAUUUGGAGGGAUUCAGCAGCCCAGAACUAUGGGGGUGAGGGAGAAGGGUGUAGCAAAUUACCCUCAUGUUUCCCCUCCUUAGGCUUUACCCCCCGCAACCUUGUUCCCGCCUUGCCUCCUCAGCCCCCUAUAGUCCUCCAUGGCCCCCAUGGGGCCUGCCACCCGUCCACCAGGCCCCUGGCAUUUGGGCUUCCCAGCUGGCCCUGAUUGUUGUCGCUCCCCAGGGAGUCAUGGGAACAUACUCCCUCUACCCCUUCAACCCCCCUCUUCCCAGACAAGGCCAGGCCCUGACAAUGCCCCCUCAGCCAGCCAGUGGCCUGGACACAAGGCCCCUGUUUCGGUUCAUUGCCAGCUCCAGGAGGCCUGCUGCGUUUCCUGGCCUGUUUGGCAUAUAUAUAACUCUGGCUUCCAGCAGGGAUUUUUUUGUUGUUGUUUAAAAAAAAUCUCUGCCUCCUCCUCUCUGAAUCUCAAUAUAUUAUAAAAAGCCUUUCUCUUUCCAUCCUGAGCCCUCCCUGCUCCCCUUCCUGGCCGCAUUUGCCAUGGGCCUGCCAACCCAGGGACCAAAUGCAGGUCAGCAGGUGUCAGUGAGAAAAUGAGCAAAAGAAAGAAAAGCUGUUUGCUCCACCAUGGCCAACCUCGAAUGUGCUGGGGAUGCUGAAGAUCAUGAGAAUAAUCUGAGGCCUAUGACAUGACAGGCACUGUGCCAGACACUAUGGUGGCAAAAUAAUGAGCUAUUUUGACACCAUGUCUUAUUAUUUCUGAGACACCAUCAAAGAUGAGGUACAACAUUAUUUUGAGCCUCUAAGAAAGAAAAGAGCUACUGAGCUGAAAUGGACAUGCCAGUGAUUGUAUGAUGUACCUCAAUUUCAGAGAUGUUAAAAUAUGAAAAGAGAAAAGUCUUAGAAUCAGUGGGAUAUGGGCUUGUCUUUAGUGCAUACUUCACUGCCCUUCAGUGUAUUCCGUGCCUUGUCUCCCAGUUUGGGAGGAAGUGCAGGAUUGCUUCAGGAGAACUCUCCUGUUCUGCAGCCCAGUAAGAACAGCUUUUCUUGUCUCUUUUAGAAAAAUCCAGAAGUGCAGGCUACUUGCCUCAGUAUUUUGUCUUUCAUUCUUAAUAACAGCUGACUGUCCUAAACACUUUAAUAACUAAUUUAAUGUCCCAACAACCCAACCAAAUAGACACUUACUAUCAUCAUUAUCAUCCCCAUUUUAUAGAUGGAAAAACAGAGCCCCUCUGCUCUAAGGGUCCCCUACCAACUUACUGCACCCCUGGUCAGGGCAGGCAUAACUACUAUGUCUGUACCCGCCCAACCCCCCCCCCCAAAUAUGAUCCCUCCUCACACGCUGAGGUGAUAUAAAGAAAAGAAGUGGCACGGGGUAGACCUUGGAGAGGAGAGAGGUCCGCAGAGCACGAGCUCAGGGAGUAAAGGGGGUCGGAGGAAGGUAGGCUUGCUUUUAGACCUAAGACCUAUGUGCUUAAAUUGGACCUUAGAUGCUCUGGCCCACACCCCGCUGAACAUGAAGACCGAACUAAUAGCCAGGGAUUUGGCCAAGGCCACACAGCCAGGCAGCUGUUGGCUGGCACUAAGCCCCAUCUCUUCUGAUGCAUCACGAAUGGCCAUUUUUCUUACUCUUCCGUGCCCACAUCUCUUUAGUUACCUGCAAAGCAGAGAAGCUGUGCCGGUGCGGGUGGUUUCUUGGCAGUAAUAAUAUCAUUAAUAGUAGUUAAUAUUUACCAGGUGUUUACUCCAUGCCGGGCACAGGCAUCAGGGGUUGCAAAUUCAGGUGCCUGGAAUGACAAAUACCAAGUGAGGCAAGCCAGGCAGGGACUGUGGUGACCUGGAGGGUCAAAGGGACAGCAACUCCUGGGCUCCAGGACACCUGGCUAAUAUUGCCAGUUAUUACUAUUUUUAAUGGUAUAUUUGCAGGGUGUCCCAGUUCUCUCUCUCUCUUUUUAAAGAUUUGUUUAUUUAGUUUUAGAGAGGGGGGAAAGAGGGAGAGAAACAUCAGUGUGUGGUUGCCUCUUACACUCCCCAACUGGAGACCUGGCCCACAGCCCAGGCAUGUACCCUGACUGGCAAUCGAACCUGUGACCAUUUGGUCCACAGGCUGGCACUCAAUCCACUAAGCCACCUUAGCCAGGUAAUUACUGUUUUUUAAAAAUUGUUAUUUAUUUCUUCCAUCACUAUUUAUUCCCCCAUACCUUCCUCCACCUCCACCCACCCUCCUGCACAGGUAUUAUUGUUUUAAAAGUAAGCCAGAUAUUUGAAUUUUCACAUAGCAUUUCUCAAUUUUUUUAGAUUAAACUAAUUCAUAAUUCAGAAAAAGUACUCUGUAGGGAAGUUGUAUCACACCUGUUGACCACUUUGCAAACUCUGCUCGUCAUUUUCUCAUUUAACUUUGACACCCAUCCUGUAAAGGACCCUUUGCCCCUUGUUCUACUCAUGGAGCAAGCACAGCUCUUCAAGAGGGUAAAUCGCUUCUCAAGGUCAUCUAGCCAAGCCGAAUAGUUGGGGUCUGCAUGACUCCCACCUGUGAUAGGUGGCCUCUUGGAUGGGUGAGGGGUCUGUGUUCAGACACAGCCAGACUGGCACUGUGACCGAACAUGUCUAGCGACUGUAAGCUGUCAGUCACAGAGAACUCAUGUAGCAAGGAGGGAUCAUUCAUUCAAGACUAAUAUGAUGUUGCAGACAUAAAACUCUCCACCUCCUUCUGCCAGAACUCAACAAUGGAUGCCUCUGUGCCCUUAAUAAAAUUAAGUCACCACAGCCCUGGCCACGUAGCUCUGUUGGUCAGAGUGUCAUCCUGAUAUACCAAGGUGACAGGUUUGAUCCCUGGUCAGGGCACAUGCAAGAAUCAACCAGGGAGUGAAUAGUAAUUGAAACAACAAAUCAAUGUUUCUAUCUCUCUCUAAAAUGAAUUUUUAAAAAAUUAAGUCAUU